GCCUUCUUUCUUUCUCUCCCGGGUGAGUGUGUGAUUCCAGCCGUGCAGAGAUUUGCUGGAGUGUGUUUGCUCUGUUGUGAAGGCGGAGGCUGUUUCACGGCGAUGCUGCUAGAGGAGUAUGGGUACGACUGCCAGCGCUGCUCCCCAGCCCAUGCUGCAUGAGAGUUUCCACGGCAACGGGAUGAUGGACAGCAGGCGGUCGACAAGCAGCGCCUCCUUCCAGACACUCAACAUCCACAGCAACAAGGCCAAGUCCAUCAUCACUAAUAAAGUGGCUCCUGUGGUCAUCACGUAUAACUGCAGACAGGAGUUUCAGAUCCACGAUGAUGUUCUCCGCACAAACUAUAAAGUUGGGAGGAUCUCAGAUAAUAUGCCUGAGCACCAUCUGGUCCAGGGCUCUUACUUCAUGGUGCAAGAUGUUUUCAGCAAAGCGGACGUCCUCAGCACCAGCGGCUCGUACGGAGCACCCAACUUCCGCCAGAGCAAAGGCAGCUUCCCGCUCUACGGCAUGGGCCAGCCCAGCCUGAGUGGCUUCAAACAGGUCCUCCACAGACUGCAGGGUCAAGGCCAUCAGGAGGUGAUUUUCUUCUGUUUGCGUGAGGAGCCCGUUGUGUUCCUGCGUUUGGAGGGAGACUUUCUUCCCUACACGCCCCGGAGGAAGGAGAACCUUCAUGAGAACCUGCAUGAUCUCGGACGCGACGCUUGCUCGGAGAAUCUAGAGCUCACCAUCAGAAAAGAGCUUCAGGACUUCGCCAAACUCAACGACAACGUGUUCUACGUCUACAACGACAUCGAGCAUUUUAAAGGAGAGCCCCAGAAGAUCUCCAUCAGCUGUGAGGAAGACAUUCACGUCACGGAGGAGGUGUAUAAGCGGCCGCGCUUCACCCUGCCCACAUACAGGUAUUAUCGUCUGCCUCUGCCGAUGGAUGGAGCGCCACAGGAGGACCAGUUUGACGCAUUUGUGAACGUUCUCCGGGAGAAUCCGUCUCUGUCCUCGAGUCGUGACACGUCGCGGUCUCUUCCGGCUCUGCUGUUUAGCUGUCAGGUCGGCGUCGGCCGAACCAAUCUGGGAAUGAUCCUGGGAUCUCUGGUGAUGAUGCACCUCACACGAGCGGCACAGGAGCCGACAGCACCAGCUGAAGAGGAUGCAACAGACAAACCCAAAAUUCAGUUCCAGGUUAUUCAGACCCUCAUCAGUAAGCUGCCUAAAGGUCAAGAGGUCAUGGAAGAGGUGGACCGAGCCAUCGAUCUGUGCUCUGAGAUGCACGACAUCCGAGAGGCCAUUUAUGAGAACAAACAAAAACUGGAGGGAAUCGGUGAAGACUAUCAGAUCCAGGGAAGCAGCACUAAAGAUUACUUCCUCCAUCGAACUCUACAGAGUCUAGAGCGAUAUUUCUACCUGAUCGUCUUUAAUGCUUACCUGCAUGAACAGUAUCCGCUGGCGUUCGCCUCUAGUUUCAGCCAAUGGCUGUGCUCUAACGCCUGGAUGUACCGCCUCCUCUCCUGCAUGAACCAAUCAGAGCUCAGAGCACCAGCUGACCUGCUCACGAAAGGAGCUCGAGUUCUGGUUGCAGAUGAAUAUUUAGCGCCUGACGUUCUGAGCACCAUUAAGCAGAUGAAAGUGGCUAAUUUCAGACGAGUGCCCAAAAUGUCAAUCUAUGGGAUGGCACAGCCGACAUCUGAGGCGACGGGAGCCGUUCUGGAGUAUCUGACGGAUGAGAAGAGGAAGCACAGCAGUGUAUUGUGGGUAAAUUUGCAGGAUGAGCUGGUUCUGGAGGCCAACGGCCAGAUCUUCUGUCCCAGAGAGCCCACGCGUGUGGACCAGCACAUAUGUGUGCUCUCCUCACAGACGCACCAGAUCGAGAUCGAGAGACUGGAAACAGCUCUGAAAGAGGAACUUGUGGGAAGUCAGAAAUGGAUUGAAGUGACUCUGGAGCAGGAGAAGCAGAUGAAGAUGUUCAAGAGCUGUUUGACGGUGCAGGAGAUCUUUAACCAGCACAAGAGUUCACACCAGGGACUGCAGUACAGACGGAUACCCUUCCCAGAAUGCUCUGCUCCGACUGAAGAGGGUUUGGACAGGCUGCUGGAGGCGAUGAAGUCUUGUCUCGCUGAAGACUCGCUCUCUGCGUUCGUCUUUAACUGCUCUAAUGGUAAAGGACGGACGACCACAGCAAUGGUGAUCACGGCGCUCACUCUCUGGCACUUCAGCGGUUUUCCAGAGUCUUGUGAGGAUGAAAUCGUAAGCGUUCCUGAUGCCAAAUACACAAAGGGCGAGUUUGAGGUGGUGAUGAAGUUGGUCCGCUUGCUUCCUGACGGUCACCGGAUGAAGCGGGAGGUUGAUCUGGCGUUAGACUCGGUCAGCGAGACCAUGACGCCGCUGCACUAUCACCUGCGGGAAAUCAUCAUCUGCUCCUACAGACAGACAUUUCGCCGGUUUGAGCCCAACGGAUGCCAGAACAUGUUCAAGAUUACACAGUAUUAUUUCUGUCAGCUUGUUUUAUGA